AUGGCUGUUGAAGGAAAACGAAUAAUUGUGGUUGCUGGUGGUACUGGAGGAAUUGGUCGACAUAUUGUUGAUGAUCCUUCGACACUUAGUGAUUUAACAGAAAAAGGUGUUAUUGUUGUUCAAGUUGAUUAUUCCAAUCAUGAAUUAUUGGUAAAAGAAUUACAAGGAGUUCACACUGUAAUUGUGACAUUAAUUUCUCUUGAUGAAUCAUCAAUUUAUUCUCAAAUAAAUCUUCUUAAUGCUUCAUUAGAAGCGAAAGUGAAACGAUUUGCCCCAUCAGAAUGGGCUGGAAAACAUGAAGAAACGAGUCCUAUUGAACUUUAUAAAUUUCUCAAAUUACCUGUUCGAGAAAAGGUGAAAGCUUCUGGAAUUGAAUAUACAAUAUUUGUUAAUGGAAUUUUUAUGGAUUAUUUUGCAUCACCACAACGAGCAAGUGCAUCAUUACCUUCUCUUACUGUUGGUAUAGAUUUUAAUAAAUGUCAAGCAGAUCUUUUUGGAACAGGAAAUGAACCAUUUUGUAUUACUCGUGCUGAUGAUGUGGGUAAAUUUGUUGCUGCUGCACUUGAUCUUGAUAAAUGGGAUGAAUAUACAGGUAUGAUUGGAAGUCGAAUUACAUGGAAUGAAUUAAUCAAAUUAGGAGAGAAAAUUCGAGGAAAACAAUUUCAUGUAAAAUAUUCAUCUAUAGAUGAAGUUGUUCAACUUGCAAAAGAUACAAAUGAUGAUAUUAUGAAGAAAUUUAUGUAUCAAGUUCAUGUAAGUUUAAUACAAGGAGAAUUUGAUUAUGAAGAUACUUUAAACAAAAAAUGUCCACAAGUUCAACCAACAACAAUUGAAAAUUUUCUUCUUCAAUGGUGGGGUGAUAAACAAGGACAAGUUCUCUAA